AUGCUGAGCACGCUGCCCACUGGGCGCAAGCUCACGCUGCUUUCCAUCUUCUGCUUCUCCCUCUUCCUUGACACGUUCAAUAACUCCUCUCUUUUUGCCGCUAUUCCGCCCAUCGCUCUUCAGCUCGACAUUCCCAAUAGUCAGAGCGCAUGGCUUCUGAGCGCUUACCAACUCACAUUUGCUGCUCUGCUCCUAGUCAGCGGCCGAGUCAGUGAUCUGUACAAUCCCAAAUGGGUGUUCGUCAUUGGCGCGUUCGCCAUGGGCAUCUUUGCGCUCGUGGCCGGCUUCAUUCGCAGCGAGGUGCCGCUCCUCUUAUUCCGAGCACUCAUGGGAGCAGGAGGUGCAUUAACCAUCCCGUCCGCCCAACACCUCAUUGUACACAUGUAUCCGGAUCCCGUGCAGCAGGCGAAAGCUGUUGCUGCAUUCGGUGGCAUGGGUGGCAUCGGAAUGGUUCUUGGCUUGAUCAUCGGUGCACUCUUUGUAUCGUACACGUCGUGGCCAUGGGUGUUCUAUUUUAGCUCAAUCGUCUCUGGCGUUAUCACGCUCUCUAUCCUGCUUCUCGUCCCGAACAUCAGCCGCACCGGCCAUACGAAGGAGUCUCGCACCGCCCGUGUGCUACGGUUCAAGCGUCUGGACAUUAUCGGUGUGACGAUUUUUGCAGUUGCCCUCAUCCUCUUCAUCUUCGCCGUCACCUCUGGUGCAACGUCUGGAUGGCGCUCCGCGCGAAUCAUUGUGCCGCUCAUCAUCUCCUUCGUCCUCUUCGUCCUCUUCUUUGUGUGGGAAGCGAAGAUCCCAGAGUCGUAUGCUGCACUUCCGCCCAAAAUGUGGCGCUACGAAAACUUCACGAUCCUCCUCGCCAUAUCACUUGUUCCAUUCAUGUGGUGGGGUUCCAUCUUUCCUCUUUUUGCGUGGUAUUGGGAGACAGUGUAUGGCUGGACGGCCAUCCGGAGCGCUGAGCAUUUCCUUCCCAUCGCUCUCGGUAUCUUCCCAACAUUGCCUAUUUCGGCUGGUCUGCAGUCCAAGCUGCGGCUGAAGUGGGUGAUUGCUAUCGGCUUCUUCUUGAUAACCGCCGGAACGCUCCUCCUCCCCUUCGCUGGUACGAAGGAACGCUACUGGCCGCUCGUCUUUCCUGGCUUUUUGUUAGGCACUGCGGGUGCAGCAUUGAUCUAUGCCACAACCAAUAUAGCAUUGCUUGCAGUCACGCCGUCGUCGGUUUCUGGCAUUGUCGCUGCCGUGUUCAUGUGCGUCCUUCAAGCUGGCGGGGCCACUGGAGUAGCAAUCGUGACGUCUAUACAGACCAGCGUCCAGAUCUCUCAUGGAGGUCCAGACGGGUUUGCAGGGCGCGCGGCUGGCCUCUGGUUCCUCGUCGGAAUUACUGGGACGAUGGGAAUUCUCUUCUUGAUUUUCAUGAAGGACACUGUUGGCCCUGUCGAUCCGACCGCUCCUCACGAGCAUAAGGAGAGUCUCCGAUAA